AUGCCUCGCACCAACAACCCCGUCGAGUUCAUCUCGAUCACGUACGCCAACGACUCGAACGAGCUCAACCCGCAGCCCGGCGCGCCCGUGGACCCCGAGUUCCUGAUCCGGUAUGCGCGCACGCUCGACGACAACAAGUUCAACUACACGCUUGUGCCGUACGGCUCGGGCGGGUUCGACCCGUUCGCGCUCGCGGCCACCAUCGUCGCCGUGACCAAGAACAUCAAGGUCAUCAUCGCGCUGCGCCCCAACACCAUCUUCCCGACCGUGGCCGCGCGCAAGCUCACCACGCUCGACCAGCUGUCCAACGGCCGCGUGGUGGUGCACUUCAUCGCGGGCGGCAACGACGCCGAGCAGGCGCGCGAGGGCGACUUCUUGUCCAAGGUCGACCGGUACGGCCGCCUCGAGGACUACAUCAAGAUCCUGCGCCGCGCGUGGGCGUCGUCCGAGCCCUUCGACUGGGACUCCAAGUACUACAAGUUCACCGGCUUCUCCAACCAGGUGCUGCCUGUCAACGGGCACAUCCCCGUGUCCGUCGGCGGGUCAAGCGACGACGCGUACCGUAUCGGCGGUGCGCUCGCCGACAUCUUCGGCCUGUGGGGCGAGCCGCUCAAGGAGACAAAGGAGCAGAUCGACCGCAUCUACGCGGCUGCCGCGGCAGCAGGCAGGCCAGAGGGAGACCGCCCGCGUAUCUGGGUGACCUUCCGCCCCAUCAUCGCCGAGACAGAGGACCUCGCGUGGGCCAAGGCGCACCGCACGCUCCACGCGCUCAAGAACAACCGCGCGGCAGGCAAGCUGCGCGUCGCGCCCACUGCGCCUGAGCCGCAGAACGUCGGGUCCCAGCGCCUGCUCGAGAUCGCCAAGCGCGGCGACGUGCAGGACCGCGCGCUCUGGUACCCCACCGUCACGGCCACGAAUGCCGGCGGCGCCUCGACGGCGCUCGUCGGCUCGCCCCAAACCAUCAUCGACUCGCUCGUCGACUAUGUCGACCUCGGCGCUGACCUCAUCUCGAUCCGCGGCUACGACAACCUCUCCGACGCGAUCGACUAUGGCCGCUGGGUUCUCCCUGGCGUCCGCAAGGCGAUCGCGGAGGGUUACCAGCCCCCGGCCAUCGCCACCACCAACGGCAACGGUGCCCACGCUUGA